GGAAAUGAACUUCAAUCUCUGACGGAACAAGAAAAAUGGAGGCGGCAGUCUUCAUCCUGUCGCUUGUGGACUGCUGUGCCCUGAUUUUCCUGUCGGUGUACUUCAUUAUCACCUUGUCGGAUCUAGAAUGUGACUACAUUAAUGCUAGAGCAUGUUGCUCCAAGCUCAACAAGUGGGUCAUUCCAGAGAUGGUUGGCCAGUGUCUCUCCACUAUGCUGAUGUUGGUGUCCAUGCACUGGUUCAUCUUCCUCCUGAACAUCCCUGUUGCAGUCUGGGACAUUUAUAGGUACGUGAAGGUCCCGAUGGGAAACAUGGGCGUGUUUGACCCGACCGAGAUCCACAACCGAGGUCAGCUCAAGUCCCACAUGAAAGAGGCCAUGAUCAAACUGGGCUACCACCUGCUCUGCUUCUUCAUUUACUUGUACAGCAUGAUCCUGGCUCUGAUUAAUGACUGAAGCCUGCAGCGAGCUCUCGAAAGUCCAGCUGCCAAUUCCAAACUAGGGUUUGCUCUCUUCCCCCUCAGCUAUGGCCCCUGUACUGUAUGCACAAAGCCUCUCAGAACAGCAGAGUUUACUAUUACACUGUUAUUUGUGAUUUAAGAUUCCCCCAGUUUUGACUUUGACACAGUUCUAUGGUUAAUAUUUAACCAGCUUACACUUCCAUUCAUGACAUUUUGUGCAAAAACAAAACUCCUCCAGAAACCAUUUUUAUUUUUUUUUCAACUCCUAUUGUCGUGUGAUCACAACAUCAACCCAGCAGUUAUUCAGCUGAUGAGAAACCACAAGAAAUAUUGAGGAAGUUUUCUGUCUAAAUUAUUAACAUUUUACCACCAAAGGCGAACUAGGAAAAAAAGCGCCACCAGCACCAUCCUGUAAUUUACCACUGUAUUUUUAUGACUGACAACUUUCUAACUUAAAGGAAAUGCAAAGAUUCUUUUGGUCUCAGGAUUAGGAGAGAUUUCCAAGACUCUGUAACUGACUUAUUUGUAGUUUUUGCACCAAAGUCACUGGAGCAAGAGAAGCUAGUGAAAGCCCGAAGCUAUACUCAAUCACCCCCUUUGUUUAGUGCAUGACUAUAAACAUGGGGAGGAUCCCUUAUGAGCACAGGAGGUCCUCACCACCAGCCUUAUUUCAUUAUGACUUGGAUUUAACACGGUGCUUAAAACAUUCCCUACAGUAGGCAUCAUCUCCACACGCGCUGACGAACGAGUCAUGUUAACGUACUGUAUCGAUUAAAGAGACACUAGCUUAGCCGGUGUGUCGGUUUCUGAUCUCUGGAUCUGGUCUUUGUUUGUUGUGAGGAGUCAUUUCAGGUGAAGUGCAGCGCCAGCGUCUCUCCGGGAACUUUUGAUCCGUCUGUAAAGAGAUGGAUCAUCUCAUGCGAGUAGAACGCGAGAACACCUCGCUCCCCGUUUGUUUGCUUCCUUCCGAGCGUUUUUGACUUCUCAGGAAUGUGGCGUGUAUUUAAACAAUGCUCCGUCGGAGUCAGUGUGUCACAAAAAAAAUAUUCCCAGCAGAGUGAAGCCACCACCACCACCACCACCAGUACUACCAGUACUACCAGCAGCAGCAGCAGCAGCAGCCUGGACUGUUGACACAAGAUGACUCAUGUAAAACCAGUCCUGUCCGCAUUUGUAGCCGCCAUUUGUUCUUAGUUGCCCCAGCAGGAGUGGCUUUCUUUAAGUUUCUCGUGCAUUCAGAGACGUCACGUCUGUUCACCACAAAUGAAUCAGUUUGAACCAGCCAAACUUGUUGUUUUUUUCUGUUUCCCCCUAAAAUAGAAUCAUUUCUGUGACCUUUUGAUGCAGAUGUCACAUCCAAAGCGCGCAUAUUUGGCUGAAUUCCAAAUGAAAUGUGGAAAUGUAGCAGUGACCGUGAUUUUUUUCUUUUGUUUUUUUUUUUUUUUUUUGGACAUGCCAAGCGAUCGUCAGUCGAUAGAAAACUAAUCCUGUUGUGAGACUUUUUCUGCAUACUUACAGGAACCUGCCAGGCUUCCGGCUUCACACACCACAUGACUACUGAUCAUCCAGCAUAGCUCGGCCUCCGCGGACACCAAAUACAGUCACACUGUCAUCACUGUACGCCUGAUCAGCCACAACAUUACGACCACUGAAGUAAUGAGCGUUAACCAUCUUGUGACAAUUCAGUGUAACUUUUUGCACCCGCUAUUCAUUAAUGUGGAUGUUACUUAGACAUGUACCACCCACCUAGACCAGACCAGACACCACUACUCCACAGCAAUGACACUCCUUGAAGGCAGCAGCAGACACACACACACACACAAAAACAACACAAAAAGCAUCAUUAGGUGUUGACCUGACCUCCAUAUUCACUAGAUCCCAAACUGACAAACUAUCUGUGGGAUGCAGGUGGUCAUAAUGUUAUGCCUGAUCGGUGUAUGCAUGCAUAUUUAUCAGAAAUCUCACUAAACGUGAUGCGCCCGCACCUCACACUACGCGAGACAUUUGCGCUGUGCUGGAUGGUCGCCUCCUCAGAGAGCAGCAUGCUGUUUAAAUAAAUGUUUUGUCUCCUAUUUCUUGCGAGCAGCGAUACUGUACCUAAAGCAGAAGAUGUUGAAUUCUUACCAUAUGAGUGACGGUUUGGGUUGAACCUCAAGCGUCAAGCACUGACACGUUUACAGAGUUUUACCUUUUACCGUUUAGCGAAGUGUGACAUUCCCGGGUCGAAAGUUAAGUAGGGCACAGGAGAGUGAUGACUGUACAGUGCAUUCAGCUCUGUGUAAUGAAAGGCAAACCUAUCACAUAUGUUGUUGUUUGUUUUUUUUUGGAGGAGGUGAGCCGGGAAGACUGCUAGUAAAUAAGUUCAUGUCUGGAUGAAAAUGCAGUGUUGCAAUGUUUAUUUUACUGAAGAGGGAUGUGUGUGUAGGGGAAGGGGAGAUGACGGGGCUUUUCAUAAAUAAAAAUGUAAAAAAACUUAA